AUGGCGCAGUCCAGGGAGAGCCGUCCUGGGAACCAGGGGGUCGCCAGUUUGAGUCCCCCGCUGGACCAAGCAAGCAAACUGAUGAUUCUGUCUUUGUGGAAAUUUGGACUUCUGCUCAUUAGCUUCAUAGGAGCAAAUGGACUUGACCGCUUUCCAGAAAAUUUUGUUGUGGCAAAAAGGAAUGACGCAGUCACACUGACCUGCAACACAAACACUGACGGAGCAGUCACGUGGAGGUUUGACGGUGAAGUGAUGGAGGAUUUGGAGGAUAAUAUCAAGCAGGACGGUCAAAAUCUGAGCUUGACAGAAGUGGAUACCCCCAUACUGGGAGAAUACAGCUGCUGGAGAGGAAGAGAGAUGUUGUCAUCGACCUACCUGCUGCUGGAGGCUGAGGAGGAAGAGGAAUUAGAUACCAGCAUCAAUUGUUGGGCAAAGUCGUAUCACUGUAACUUCAGCUGCAUCUGGAAAGACAGCAGAAUCAAAGCAGGUCGCCUUGGACUGGGCCAUGGCUGCACUGAAGGUGGGAAGUUGUGUCACUGGGUCAGCAGCAGUGAUCAGAUCCCGGGUGGGGGAUUUCAGUUUGAGCUGUCGCACUCCCUCUCUCCCUACGCCGAGGAAAGCACCAUGCUCAAACUCACCGCUGAGGCCAUUAUUAACUUCUCCAUCUUCAGGAUGACCAAGACAUUUUAUCUUCGAGACAUUGUUCAACCCGACAGUCCCCAGAUUAGCACGUGUCAGGAGAUGGAGCAGAACCUGAAAGUGACCAUCGAUCCUCCAUCCAGCUGGUCCACCCCUGAGAGUUUCUUCUGUCUGGAGCACGAGAUUGAAUACGUGUUCAAAGAUGAUGGGAAGACUGGACGCUCUUUCUCUUCCCUGAUACCGAAGAGCAUCAGUAAGCUGAGGGUCCGCUCCAGAGACUCGCUGGUGCUCUCAACCUGGAGCAAUUGGACUCCUUGGAAAAAUGUAACCAACUGAUAUUAUUUGAAGCUGCUACACUCUGCUGCUGCUGCUCCCUCUUUGUUCGCACAUAUCCACAUUUUCCUAUCGAGUCCACUCCAAUGAGUUUAUGGAUGUCAUCCCUCAC